CGUGCCCCCCCACCCCAUGGCCGAGAGAUGCGGGCUGCGGGCGGCCGCCCCCCUCCCCGGUGCGGGGGUCCCGAGCCCCCCCCGCUGCCCCUCGACCCGUUCAGACGCUUUGUGUUGUUCUUGGAAAGUUUCGCUCCACUUGUGAAUUCCUUGAACCUUGGCAUUGCCAGCCCGCUUGUGUUGGGCCCUCCUCCUUUUCAGCUUGCUCACAUUAAGACCCAGUUGGCUCUGCAGCAGUUGACCGCCAGCAGCUCCGCGCCUCCUCAUGCUUCCUUCGGCCGGGCCGUUCUGAAAAGCGCCAUGUUUAGCCCCAGAGGAGCGUUGCCGCAGAGGCCGAGAGGACCCAACCCGUCCGCAGCGAAGCCCCCGGGAUCCUUCCAGGGUGUGACGGGCCCGCAGAGACCCCCGGCCCCAGGAGCACCCCGGGGGGCAGCGCCGCGCGCGUCGGGGCAGGACAGCGUCCCGUGGACCGGCUCGCAGCGCAUCAACGUCCGCGUCACCCUGCACAGGGCCGACCCGCGGCAGGCCAAGGCCAAGGGCAGCCUGCACCAGGAGCAGAAGGGCGACGUGCGCGCCGGCCGCUGGGACGGCAGCCCCUGCCCGCCCCCGCCGGUGGUCUCGCAGAAGCCCCCGGCCCGAAUCCCGGAGCAGAACGCCGCGGCGCAGAACCGCUACACGCCGGAGAGCGCGUCCAGCAUCUUGGCGAGCUUCGGGCUGUCCAACGAAGAUCUGGAGGAGCUCAGUCGCUACCCGGAUGACCAGCUGACCCCCGAGAACAUGCCGCUCAUCCUCAGAGAGAUACGGAUGCGGAAGAUGGGCCAGCCUUUGCCCGGCCUGCAUUCCCAGAGCCGAGGAGAAGCGAUGAGCGGGACGAGCGGCGCGGCCGUCAAGGGCAAGGUGAUCGACUACGGGCACGCCAGCAAGUACGGGUACACCGAGGAUCCCCUGGAGGUGCGCGGUUACAACGUGGAAGCGCUGAGAGAGGAGCCUCUGGAAGCACGGCCCUACAACCCCGAAGCGCCGGGCGGAGAGAAGAGGGAAGAGUUCCACCGAGAGCAGAGCGUGCCCAUGGGCGUCCCGCCGGCCAGCGUGGCGUGCGGCCCGGCCUUCCCACCGCAGGACGUCAUGAAGCCCCCGCCGGCUUUCCAGAGCGACCCGGCCAACCCUCACCCAUUUUUCCCAGCGGAGCCAGCGGGGAAGGCGGGCGGGCUGUGCGCGGCGCCCGUGGGGAAGGCCGGCCCCCCGCCCGCGGUGCUGCCCGUCAUGCCGCCCAUCCUGCCGCUGGCCGUGCCGCCCAUGGCGCAGCCCGUCGUGCCGCCGCUCAUCUCGCAGCCCGUCGUGCCCGUCCUCCCCCAGCCGCCCUUCUCGGCAGAGCUGCUGGCCAUCCUGGAGCAGCGGGACAGGAUCCAGCACGAGGCCGGGAGCAGCCAGCCCAGCGCCCAGAGCUCCGGGAUGGGGCAGAAGCCCUUCCAGCCGCAGCCCGAAGGGCCCGUUAAGUCCCCCUUUGGCGUUGUGAAGGCGUCGUGGCUGCCGUCCUUCCUGCAGUCUGACUCCCAGAAGAUCAAACGCUUGCCCACCCCGUCAAUGAUGAAUGACUACUAUGCGACGUCGCCGAGAAUAUUCCCACAUAUGUGUUCUCUGUGUAACGUAGAAUGCGCUCGUAUGAAGGACUGGAUCCUGCACCAGAACACCCCUUCCCACAUCGAGAGCUGCCGCCACUUACGACAACAGUACCCCGACUGGAACCCCGAGUCGCGCUCUUCAAAGCGGUCCGAACUCACCAGCAGCCUCUCUUUCCUCAGGAAUGCGGCGGACAGGAAGGAGAACCAGACCCCCAAGCACCGCUCCAACUCGGCCAGCCCCGGCCCCAGGCGCCCCAGGCCCGCGGCCUCCAGCCAUGCUCCCCGUCACUCCCGCUCGCGCUCCAGGAGCCCGGGCCGCUAUCGCCCAGCACGACCCAGGAGCCGAAGCCCGCGGGCGGCACGACGCCUGAGCCCCAGGCAUUGGUCACGGUCACCUCAGCGGUCCAGGAACCCCCUGCGGGGCAGCCCGCGGCCGCAGCGCUCCUCCAGCAAUGACUGGUCGUCGAGGAGGACCAGCAGAUCCCAAGACAGGAAGGCAGCUCUGGAGGCGGUGAUGAAAACGUUGGGACCCGGCUUUGUGGCGGAGUUCAACAAGCACAAAUCAUCGCAAGCACCCGGGGCGUCGGGCUCGGGGAAGUCAGCGCCCAGCCAUGGCGCUGCAGGGAAGCUGCCUGCAAACGGGAAGAAAAGCCCCAAAACGAGCCCCGCUGCCAAGGCUGUGAAGAAGGACGCGGUUCCUCUGCCUGCGUCCGGCUCCUCUCCUCAGAGCGACGAGUUGCCCCAAGAGCAGGAGGUGGAAGAGGAGGAGGAGGACUCAGGCGCUGGGCCCAGCAGGCCUCGAGCUGCUCCGUAUAACCGGCUGUUGAGAGAGGAGCUGCUGAACUGUGGGACGGUCCUGCAGAUCUCCAACUUACCGGACGACGGCUUCUCAGACCAGGACAUCAAAAAGAUCGUGCAGCCCUUCGGCAAAGUCAGCGACCUGAUCGUGCUGCGCUCCAGGAACAAGGCCUACCUGGAAAUGAACUACAAGGAGGCGGUGAUAGCAGCUGUGAAAUACGGUGAGACUGUGCCGGUGCUGGUGAACGGGAAGCAGGUGAAGAUCAGCGUGGCAGAGAAGCCCAAAGCGUCUCCCAGCCAGGCCAAAACAAGCGUCAAAAAGAAGCCUCGGAUCACCAAGAAAGUGGCCCCAAGCACCAGGAAACACCCAACCACCUCCACCGCCGCCACCAGGACCCCAAGAACGAUUGCAGGCAAAAAGGAGAAAACCAAGAAGCCCCUGGGGACCAAAGAGAGUAAACCUGGGAAGCCUUCAGACACUGCAGAUCCAUCGGAAGAAAGUGAAUCCAAAGAGCUUCAGAGCUCACCAGAAAGCGGGAUGGCAGCUGGGGAAGGAGAGGUGGCCGAGCCGCGCGGCGCCGCAGGAGGGGACGGCGGCGUCACAGAGCCCGCGAAGGCAGGAGAGGCUCAGUGCAAAGCAGCGGGCAGCGCUGCGCCCUUACCGGAGAAAGCUGCCCGGGUGCUGCAGGCGGCGCCCGUGGGCUCGGAUGGGCAGAAGGAAGCUUUACGUGAUGGAGAAGCUUCUGCAGUGACGGUGAAGAGCGAAGAAGCAGCGGAGCUGGGCAGCAAGGAAGCUGAUGACGUGUGCGUGGUUGUGGUUUCAAACCUGCCUGAGAAAGGAUGUUCAGUGGAGGAAGUUUCCAACCUGGCCAAGCCGUUCGGGGGGCUGAGAGAUGUGUUAAUUGUGUCGUCUCAUAAGAAGGCGUACCUUGAACUCAGCAGAAAGCCGGCAGAAUCCAUGGUGAAGUUCUACACCUGCUUUCCCAUGACGCUGGAUGGGAACCAGCUGGGCAUCGCUAUGGCGCCUCAGCACAGCAGUGUGAAAGAUGAAGAAGCGAUAUUCACUGCUAUCAUCAAAGACUCCGACCCUAAGGUGAACGCUGAGACGCUGCAGCAGCACUUUGUGCACCUGGGGAAUUUACCAGAGGAAGGGUACAGAGAAUUCGAGGUGGUUUGCGUGGGGCUGCGCUUCGGGAAGGUCGAUCAUUACGUUGUGCUGAAGAACAGGAACAAGGCAAUCCUGCAGCUGGAGAGUCCCAAGGCUGCCAGGUCCAUGUUCUGCUUCCUGAACCAGUACUCGUACGCCAUGGGGGCGCACACCCUGACCUGCGCCCUGUCCCCCGGCAGGCAGCAGGCCGACCCUGAAGCUGUGAAAAAAGAAGUGAAGAAGGAGGAGGCGAACAGAGGAAGCUCUGGCUUGAAGAAAUACACGGAGGGAUCGGGAGCGGUGCAGACGGCAGCUGCUCACCUUGCAGAGGAGCCCAGCGCCAUGAAGAAGGAACCCAUCUCCAUCCCUGCUGUCGAGGACGAGCUGCCGGCGGUGAAGACGGAGCCUUCGGAGUCGCAUCCGGAAGGAGCACAGAGGGAUCCUGGUGCAGGGCUGGCGGAACAAAGCGGCGGGGAGGCGGGGGCUGAACUCGCUGGUGCGCCCAUGGGGGCGGCUGGGGCCCAGUUACCCACAGCGAAGGCAGAAGAGAAGCUGCUGCCUCCUCCCAGCAUGGGGAAAGAGGAGGUGAUCGCGGACGGCGCUGCUUGGAAGCUCCCUGUGCACGCAGUCGGAUCCACGGCGCAGAAGGGAGAGGGGCUGGGAGCCGCAGGGCCGGGGGCCGCCGGGGAGCAGCCGGGAGCAGAAUCAGGCAGGGCUGCUGCGCCGCUGGCAGCGGGGAGGACAUCGGGGGCCGUCCCCAAAGCAGCGCCUGCUGCUGGGCCUGCCCAGAUGGGCCCUUGUGUCAUCCCACCCAGAAACCCUGGCACAAAGACAGGCGUUGAUGAGCCGGUGCAAACGGACCGUGAAAAGCAGGGGGUUCCGACAGCAGAGGUGAAUCCUGAGCCUGAGGACGGGGCGGCAGCGGCUGGAGAUGGGGCUGGAAUGGAUGUGGAGGGGAGAGCAGAAGGGGCUGCUGGGGAGGAGGGCUGCAGGCUGAAGUGUGCAGCAGAGGUGGAGAAGAAACGCGAGCGGCACGAGGCUGAGGUUGGGGCUGCCGUGGAAAACGCCGCUAAGAACGGGAAGGAAAAGAAGGGAAGUUGCAGCAAAGCGCCUCAAAGCAAGGAGACGAGGGCAGCAAAAACGAAAGAAGCUGCCAAAGCUUCCAACUCCUCCUCGUCCAUCCAGGAGCCUUCCUCCGCUCCUAAAGGAACCAUGAAGGCAGCGGCGUCUGCUCCUGAUGCGUUGACGCCGGGGGCUGCGGGGCACAGAAGCAAACCUGCCCUGUGCAAAGGAGAGGAGCAGGCAGCUUCCUCCAAAGCCAGGCCCCAGGGAGCAGCAGCGGGGCAGAAGAAGGCAGCGUGGAAAGAGGAAGGCCAGCCCAGAGGCGGCUCUGCCAAGGGAGGCAAUGGGAGGAACGCGUCCCAGCAAGAGAAGGACUCCCAUGCGGAGCCCAGGCCCGGCUCCAAGCAAUCCCAGCAGGGGGAGAGCAGAGCGUCCGGCACGAGGAGAGACGGCAGCACUAAGGUUUCCACCGGAGGCAACAGCAGAACGGCCAGAAGCAGCGGCAGCAGCAGCAGCAGCAAGCAGGAGGAAGAAGAGCUGUUCCCCUUCAACCUGGACGAGUUCGUUACGGUGGACGAGGUGAUCGAGGAGAGCGAAUCCCCGGUGAAAACGCAGCGCGCUCAGCCCAAGGGGAAGAGGAAGGAAUGCUGCAGGAGCAACUGGGAGCCCAGCUCCAAGAGGAGGAAGGACAGGAGCUCCCCGCAGCGCCUGGCCGAGAGCCGGCUGUCCUUCGUCAUGUUGGACGAGAUCGGCGAGGAGGAGGAGGAGGAGGCCGGCGCGCAGCUGGGGAUGCUGGUGGUGGACGAGGUGCUGGAGGAGGACGAGGCGGCGGGGGAGGCGGGCGGCGAGCAGCGGGCGCCCCUGGCUUUGGACGAGCCGGAGGGGGGCGGCGCGGCGAGGGACGGCGGCGCUCCGGAGGGACGGCGAUCGAAAGCGGAGCCUUUGGUGACCGUGGAUGAAAUCGGGGAGGUGGAGGAGCUGCCGCUGAACGAAGCCGCGGAGCUGAGCGCCAAGGAGGAGGAGAAGGGCGGCGCCGAGGAUCCCUGCCAGGUGCCCGACGAUCCCAGCGCCUUGGUGACGGUGGAUGAGAUCCGCGAGGAGGACGGCGGCGCGGCGUGGGAUGAGGCCAACGAGGACGAGGACGAUUUCCUGGCUGAUUUCAACCGGCUGAAGGAGGAGCUGAACUUUGUGACGGUGGACGAGGUUGGGGAGGAGGAUGAGGAGGAGGAGGAGGAAGAAAGCGCUUUGCCGGGGAAAGAGCCGAAGGGAGGUGAAGACGAGGAGGAAAUUGCUGCUGCUGCGGGACCAGAGGAAGAAACGGCCGCCAGUGCAGGACCAGAAGAGGAGGACAUCGUUGCUGUUGCAGGGCCGGAAGAGAUGGAAGUUCUGGGCGCUGCUCAUCCAGAGGAAGAAGAAGAAAAUGCGGCCUCCAAACCAAAAGGUCUGGAUUACCUCCUCCCCAAGGCCGGCUUCUUCUGCCAAAUCUGCUCCCUGUUCUACUCGGAUGAGACCUCAGUGAAGAAUCACUGCCGCACGGCGCUGCACCAGCAGAACGCAGAGAAGUUCAUGGCCACAAAGAAGGAGGAGGGGAGCAGCGGGGCUGAGCAGAGCCCGAGGUGACGGGAGGAGAGGAGAGGAGCCUCCAUCCUUCCAUCCUUCCAUCCUUCCGUGCCAUCCAGCGUGGCGCCCGGCUGCGAUCCGUUGGUGUUGUACAGAGCCAGACUGAGACACCCGUUGUGGGGGGGGGGUGGGGGGGGGGGUAGGGGGCUUUGGUUUGUGUCCCAAAGCAUCGGGGUGCUGGGGGGCUGCUUCCCCCCCCUCCCCUCCGCUCACCUGCCAUAAACACCCUCCUUGUACAGCC